CCGCCCUCUCUCUCGCCAAAAACGCGAGAUGAGAACGAAGCUACUAUCCACCUAUCACAACGCUUAUCACUAUCGAUGACGUCUGACUGUGUUUUUCGGAGACUCCCAGGAAGUGGGUCAAGGCUAAUCGUUGGCGAGAGAAGGAGCCUGACAGUUCUGUGACAGCGCGACACACGACAGCCAGCCAGAGAUCCCGGGCUCCAGCUACGUGUCAGCGAAGGUCUGGGUCAUGUAUCUCCCAGGCGGCUGUAACGGAGAGGAUUCGGGCUUUACGCCCCGUAUCAUUGGGUCAGAUAGCGACCGGAGUCCACCGAAGCUAGCCUUGAUGUUACACUACGGACCCACUCUGUCUCUUUGUUGAUUGGCUAGCGUUAGCCCCCCGGCUCACGUAUUGUUUAAGCCGCUGGUUUGGUACAGGCAUGUUAUGUUCCCAGUAUCGGUAACACAAGUAACGGUAGUCAAUUAUAGAAGCCAGCUGUUUUUCCCUUGGCUUUGUGACUUUUACUAACGUUGACACUUGGCAGGUCAUGCUCUACAGGGCACCUCACUAGCGAAUGGAUUAAAUCGUAUACCUUUGGAGUAUCGGCAUUAUGAGGUUAAGUACAGUUGAAUGCGUCUACAGGGUGAACACAUGACCCCACCGCCUGGAAGUUAACCUAUAGAAGUAAGCAAGCUUACACCCAUCACACCAUUCGUACCUCAGAGCAUGAUGUCCAUUCUGGAGGGGGUGCAUUCUGCUCGAUUGUAGUGUUGUAGUGUUUGUGUGGACGCUUGGCUAGAAUAGGGUGGGUGUCCGUUGACACUAAACAGCCUGACCAUAAAUGAAGCAAGUAGGUCAUUGCUGGACGGCAGCGGGUCGAGGCUACCCUCUGGUCCCCGGAACGAUGCUCAAGACUCUGCUUCUCACACUUCUUUGUGGAUGGGCGAGUUGUCACGAGAGCCAACACAUGACACCAGAGGAGAAGUCUGUUAUCAGGGAUCAGGUUGUUGAGAUGUUUGACCAUGCUUACGGAAGCUACAUGAAAUACGCCUACCCAGCUGAUGAGCUGAUGCCCUUGAGUUGUCGUGGAAGAGUCCGUGGUCUGGAACCCAACCGAGGAGACAUAGACGACUCCCUGGGGAAGUUCUCUCUGACGCUGAUCGACUCCCUCGAUACCUUGGUGGUAUUGAACAAGCUUGAUGAAUUCGAAGAGGGGGUGAGAAAGACUUUGAAGGACGUGCGGCUGGACAAUGAUGUUGUGGUCUCUGUGUUUGAGACCAACAUCAGAGUGCUGGGGGGGCUCCUGGGGGCCCACGUGAUGGCCGACAUGCUGCGGCAGCGGGGCGACAGGAUGCAGUGGUACCAGGACGAGCUGCUCCACAUGGCAAAGGAGCUGGGCCACAGGCUGCUGCCUGCCUUCAACACCACCAGUGGCCUUCCCUACCCCCGGGUGAACCUGAAGCACGGCGUGGUCAGCCCUCUGUCCCGCACCGGGACCGAGUCGGACACCUGCACCGCCUGCGCCGGCACCAUGAUCCUGGAGUUCGCCGCCCUCAGCAGGCUCUCCGGGGAAACGGUGUUUGAGGAACACGCGAGGAAGGCUCUGGACGUCCUUUGGGAGAAGAGGCAGAGGGGCAGUGACCUGGUCGGGACCGUCAUCAACAUACACAGCGGAGACUGGGUCCGCAGAGACAGUGGAGUUGGUGCUGGUAUCGACUCCUACUACGAGUACCUGAUGAAGGCCUACAUCCUGCUGGGAGACAGUGUGUUCCUGGAAAGGUUCAAUAUUCAUUACAGCGCCAUCAUGAAGUACAUCAGCCAGCCCCCCCUGCUGCUCAACGUGCACAUGCACAACCCCACCGUGAGCGUGCGCAGCUGGAUGGACUCCCUCCUGGCCUUCUUCCCCGGCCUGCAGGUUCUACGAGGAGAUCUGAAGCCCGCCAUCGAAACACAUGAGAUGCUCUACCAGGUCACCAAACAGCACAAGUUCCUACCAGAGGCUUUUACCACAGAGUUCAGAGUUCACUGGGGCCAACAUCCACUGAGGCCAGAGUUUGCAGAGAGCACCUACUACCUCUAUAAGGCCACAGGGGACCCCUACUACCUCAGAGUGGGCCAGUCCAUCGUGGAGAAGCUCAACGCCUAUGCCAGGGUGCCUUGCGGCUUCGCUGCCGUGCAGGACGUCCGCACCGGGACCCACGAAGACCGCAUGGACUCCUUCUUCCUGGCCGAGAUGUUCAAGUACCUGUACCUGCUGUUCUCGGAGAAGAGCCAGCUGCCCUUCGACAUCGACGACUACAUCUUCACCACCGAGGCCCACCUGCUGCCCGUCUCGCUGUCCACCACCCUGGCGCCCUGCCGGCCCAACGCCACCGACGCGCCCCCGGUGGUCCACGAGGAGGACCCCUUCACCUACUCCUGCCCCAGCGUCCAGACCCUCUUCCCCAACAACCCGUCCUUCGCCAAGACCAUCCGCGACGGCUACAAGUACCUCACCGGGGUCGGGCGCCCCUUCAACUCCAUACCCGUCAGGGAGAUCGAGCUGCCCCUCCACGAUGACGGCAUGGAGCCGGUUGAGUUCCUGAAGAGCAUGGGCAUCUCCCUGACCCCCAUGAACGAGGCCGCCCUCGGGGAGGCCCGGGGCCUGAAGGAGCACAAAGGGGUGUACCGGGUGAAGCUGGUGGCCCAGCUGAGCCAGGCUGUGGUGGAGGAGGAGGUGGUGCCCCACAUCGUGCAGCUCAUCUCCCCUCCCUUCCUCGGGAGGACGGUCCUGACCGCCGGGCCCGCCAAGUUUGGGAUGGACCUCACCAAGCAAGAGCACGGCGUGAAGGGCAGCAUCAUGAAGGCGUCGCCCUACACGGCGUGUGGGCCAAUAGAAAACGCCGACCAACUGAGGGGCCACAUAGCACUGGCACUACGCGGGGACUGCAUGUUCGCCGGGAAGGCCCGCAGGCUACAGGAGGCUGGGGCCACGGGGGUCAUCUUCAUCGACCACCGGGACGGCAGCAACAUCGAGGACUCCCCUCUGUUCCAGAUGGUGGGCGACGGGGACUCCACGGCCGACCUCACCCUGCCCCUGGUGUUCCUGUUCAGCCGCGAGGGGGCGCUGCUCACCACCGCCCUGGAGGAGCACCACAACGUGGACGUGCUGCUGCUGCCCAAGGAGCGGCAGCUGGGGCACGAUAAGCCUGAGAAGCCCCUGGGGGUGAACAUCAAGUUCCGGCUGGCGGGGGAAGGGGAGGCGGCGGAGGGCCCAACCCUGGAGUUCGUCCUGGAGAAGGGAGAGAUGCUGCUGGAAGAGGAGGAGGAGGAGGAGGACCAGGGGGAGGAAGAGCAGCCUCUGGAGGAGGAGGGGCAGCUGGUAGGAGACGCAGAGUCGCAAAGAAACUGUGAAAAGGCGUCGGGCGCCGACGAUGAAGACACGGCGUUGUGCGACUCGCUGGCGUGUUCUGAACAGCCUUGACCCCCCCCCUAGCUGGAUAUUCUGGGAUGUCUUCUCCUCCUCGGACUGGCCGGGCCUGGGCCCCCUAACCCGACACCGGCCCCUCCCAGGUAUCAGGACGGCACGGCCCUCCCUGCCAUAGACGUAGCCAUGCAAUGGGGCGGGGGCAGGGGUCAGGGGGGGGGGGGGGGGAGUCAAACUAAAAACAAGUUGGUCUGCUAGUUAGUUGUCCGGUUGUACCCAGGCCCCUUAAUUGCCUGUGAGUGGUGGAUGCUUGACGGGGCGUAACUAGUUAAUUCAAUGUUAUAUGCAUACAGCUGGUGGAAGAAAUGGACGCGCUAGACCGUAAAGCCCUAAGAUAGGCCAUCAAACUUUCUAUAUGGUCCUGAUGAUGAGGAUGAGGAUGACGAUGAUAAGUACCUUACUCUAGAGAACAUAAUCACCACAAGUUGUAUUUAGUUGUUUUUUUAUGCAAUGCAAGUGUAUGGUUUAGUUUGCACCUUUUGUGACUGUUGGAACUUUAAUUAUGGUAGUCAGGAAGGAGCUGGCUGGGCCCCCCCCAUCCAGCGGUCGGCCAUGAUUGUGUGGAACAAUCUUCUCUUCAGGAGCAUUACUGUUUCAUUUCUAGAGACGGCAUAUGUGGUCCGUUGUUAGAAUCGGUCCAAACCUGCUCAUUAAUAUGUCAAUUAUGAAGGGUAAAAUGGGGCCAAUUUGGAAACACUUGUAUUAGUUUAUUUUAUACCGUCUGACAAACUUCAGGGAAUUUCGUGUGUGUGUGUGUGUGUGUGUGUGUGUGUGUGUGUGUGUGUGUGUGUGUGUGUGUGUGUGUGUGUGUGUGUGUGUGUGUGUGUGUGUGUGUGUGUGUGUGUGUGUGUGUGUGUGUGUGUGUGUGUGUGUGUGUUUUUGUGUGUGUGUGUUUUUGUGAAUGAUUACUGUAACCGCUAACCAUGAUCAUGUCCAAUGUUAAAAAUGGGUUAUAGUUAAUGUCUCAGACUCAUGGUUCUUCACCUUCACCGUCCGGACAUUGUUUCACCCAUGUUGAAAUACAAACACAUUCACAAAAACCUCCAAAUGGAAAUCCUUACAAAGGGCAUUAUUACGAAAACAUCCAUGGUUCGGUCAUUUCUAUUUUCCCUAAAUGCAAGAAACAAGGAUUAUAUUGUUCAUUUGACUGUCCUUUUCCUUUUCUCACUUCAUCCCCAACACAGUUCACUGCAUGUUCUUUGUGUGAGAUGCAUUUGACUGGGUUAGGUGUUGUGUGACCAUUAUGCAGACAGUGUUUGGUGCCACAAUGUGGCUUCUCUUCAGUGGACCUUUUCAAAGUGCUGCUGCUCAUUUCAAGUCUUAGCAUACUCUCAAUUUAGGAGUCUUGUUCUAUUGUGUACGCUUGCAUUGCCAACUUGUAUACCUCAAGACUGAGUCAGUGGUCCAGCACCAUUACUGUUAACAAGAUACAAUUUUUUUUUUUGCUUUUUCUUUUUUGUUUUAUUUUGUGUUGGUGAAGUGGAAAAGUGCCAAAUGAAUGCAUGUUCUAUUUCAUUCUCAUAUCAUUCUCCUAAAAUCUGACUUAUUUAUUUUCUGAUGUACCACUGAUUAAGCCUUGUCAAUAAAUUUCAAAUAACAAUCUAAAAAUAA